AUGGCCAUGGAGCAGGGAAGAGUGACGGAAUUCGAAGGAAAGAGCCUCGACCAGAUACAAAUUGAGCCUGAAGGGAGAGCAGUAGAGAUCCUCUCACAAACGGACGGGCUAAAAGAAACUUCAAGCGGAGAACCUUCAACCAUUCAUCCAGAUGCACCCCAUGGUAGUGGCAGUGCCCCUUCUGAACGUCUCCUCUCUAAAGUGUUCCAUCUGUGGUGUUCUUCAGGUGCCACCGCCGACACAUGUGCAGCUGGUUUGGAGAAGCUGGAGCCAUGA